AUGAGCCAGUCAGGAAGGACAGUGUGUAAGGGGAAAAAGUCUGGUGUGAGACCUGAGGAAGAGUUCAGUGUGGAAGGUGAGGAAGAGUUCAGUGUGGAAGGUGAGGAAGGGUUCAGUGUAGAAGGUGAGGAAGACUUCAGUGUGAAAGGUGAGGAAGAGUUCGGUGAGGAAGAGUUCAGUGUGGAAGGUGAGGAAGAGUUCAGUGUGGAAGGUGAGGAAGAGUUCAGUGUGGAAGGUGAGGAAGAGUUCAGUGUGGAAGGUGAGGAAGAGUUCAGUGGGGAAGGUGAGGAAGAGUUCAGUGGGGAAGGUGAGGAAGGGUUCAGUGUGGAAGGUGAGGAAGAGUUCAGUGUGGAAGGUGAGGAAGAGUUCGGUGAGGAAGAGUUCAGUGUGGAAGGUGAGGAAGAGUUCAGUGUGGAAGGUGAGGAAGAGUUCAGUGGGGAAGGUGAGGAAGGGUUCAGUGUGGAAGGUGAGGAAGGGUUCAGUGUGGAAGGUGAGGAAGAGUUCAGUGUGGAAGGUGAGGAAGAGUUCGGUGAGGAAGAGUUCAGUGUGGAAGGUGAGGAAGAGUUCAGUGUGGAAGGUGAGGAAGGGUUCAGUGUAGAAGGUGAGGAAGACUUCAGUGUGAAAGGUGAGGAAGAGUUCGGUGAGGAAGAGUUCAGUGUGGAAGGUGAGGAAGAGUUCAGUGUGGAAGGUGAGGAAGAGUUCAGUGUGGAAGGUGAGGAAGAGUUCAGUGUGGAAGGUGAGGAAGAGUUCAGUGUGGAAGGUGAGGAAGGGUUCAGUGUGGAAGGUGAGGAAGAGUUCAGUGUGGAAGGUGAGGAAGAGUUCAGUGGGGAAGGUGAGGAAGAGUUCGGUGAGGAACAGUUCAGUGUGGAAGGUGAGGAACAAUCCCAUGUUUGUGGGAUUGAUGAGGAAUGGUCCUCUGUGGGAGCUGGAGACCAAUCCUGCAUGGAAGCUGAGGAACCAUCCCAUAUGGAUGGUGAGGAAGAGUCUGGUGUGGAAGAUGAGGAAAGCUCCAAUAUGGAAGGUGAGGAGCAAUCCCAUGUGGAAAGUGAGGAAAGCUCCAGUGUGGAAGGGGAGGAGCAAUUCUGUGUGGAAGGUGGGGACGGAUUUUCUGUGAAAGGUGAGGAGCAAUUCCGUGUGGAAUAUGGGAACAGAUUUUAUGUGAAACAUGAGGAAUAAUCCCAUGUGGCAGGUGAGGAAUGGUCCAGUGUGGAAGGUGAGGAAGAGCCUGCUGCAGAAGACAGCCCAGAGAACCAUUUGGGGUGGGCUGGAAGGGCCUCGUGCCUGUGAUCCCACAAUCUCCUGCUGUUCCCUGGCCCCCACAAGCCACGUGCGGUGCCCAUUCUGUGCCAACCCUGAGCCAGACCUCCCCCAACACAGCUACAGCAGGAUUUAAACUCACAGCCUAAACCUGGUUUUAUCCUUCAGGUCCAACCCAAAUCCCACGGCGGGUGCUGAGGAGCGCUCUGGCUCCCGGCAAUUAAACCCCGCUAACGACGACGGAAUCGCUCGUUCCAUCCCUCGUGAUUGCAGAGGGACGUUCCUGGCGCAGCCUCUUAACCAGCGCCUUCCAACACGGUUCUGCAGCACUGAAAGGGGAAAAAAAAAAUUAAAAAAAUAAAAUAAAAUAUGCAUAUUUUAAGCAGACAGAUUGCUGCCUUCAUCUGGCUCCCUGUUUAGAUGCCAGGGCGGCACCGUGCGACAGGAAUUCCAUUCUUUUCCUUCCCUUCCGUCUUUCUUUGCCCUCUUCUAUUGAAAUAUUGUUGCGCUGGGUGAUUUUUGAUUCUCUGGAAAGAUUCACUGCUGGGGGCAAGUCCCUCUUUGCUGCCUGAACUUGUGAAAACCUUGAAGCCUCCAGGCCCAAAGGUGACCCGCAGAGCUCAGCAGGAUUUUUGGGAAGCAGGAACACGGCGGUGACAGCGCCGUUGGCUCCGGGAAAAGGCGGAUUUAAAGCACAACUUGGGCUUGUUUUGCCCGUGCUGCUCUUCAUAGAAAUCUGAAUUUUCAAUGUAGUUUUCAAAGGUUUCCAAGCAACCGUGUGUGGUUGGCUUUGGCACGAUCCCAGCAUCCUCUCUCUUCCUUUGGGAUGGCGCCAGCCAGGAAGCUUCCUGCUGGCUUGGGCUGGUGGGAGACAACCAUCAGUGUCCUCUGCUCUGGGAACCCGCUGGCUGCUGCUGCCAGGCUGUGGAGCUGGGGCAGUAUUUCCUUGGAAUUGCAGAUUCCAAGGGUUUGGGGCCU